UCUUUAGAAAUUAUCUGCGGCUGAUGGAUGUUGUUGUUAACGACUGGGGAGCUGGUGUCACACUCACUGUCAUGCCUUUCAUACGACACCUGCCUGGAGAUUGCCUUAACUUGAAACGGGUUGUGGACAACAUGCAGGUUAUGCUGUAUAAGCUUAUUAAACCUUUUGUAGACGAGCACUACCGUAGGUAUGACGAGGGCACAGUGGACGACUUUAUUGGCGCCUACAUCAGAGAAAUACAUCAUCAUCGCAACAGUCAGUCAGGAUCACCUCACAUCAACGAUAUUAACGUCCUUAAGGUAGUCCUCGACGUAUUUAUAGCUGGUACGGAGACGACCUCUACAGCUAUCCUCUGGACUCUGGUUUACUUCCUUCACCACCCUGACGUGCAGGACAAGUGCUACGAGGAGAUCCACAGAGUUGUCGGCACAGAGCGAGCGCCCACCAUACAGGAUAGAUCGCAGUUAGUUUACAUGGAGGCUGUCAUCAUGGAGGUUCUUCGUUAUGCCAACGUUUUUCCACUAAGUUUCCCACAUGCCACCCCAUGUGACGUGGAGUUUGGCGGAUACACGAUCCCUAAGGGUACUUUAGUCAUCCCCAACCUGGAUUCUGUAAUGAGAGAUCCGGAGACCUGGGGUGACCCCGACAGAUUCCGACCUGAACGUUUCAUUGGAGAGGACGGGAAACUGUGGAGACCCGAAGAGUUAAUUCCCUUCUCUACAGGUCGGCGCCGUUGCAUGGGUGAGGUUCUUGCCAGAAUGGAAUUAUUUCUAUAUUUGUCAACAAUGAUACAACACUUCCAAUUCCUGCCUCCCGAAACUAGAGAGCUUCCACCAUUGCAAGGUUUGUUUGGAUUCAGCUAUAUUCCUGUACCUUUCAAGGUUCGAGCUGUGCCUAGGAUGUGUCUUGGAAAAGAAACAUUUGAAGAAAAACAGUGAUGGAGCCGACUUGACCGUCUCAGAGGGCACCAAAACACAUAUCUCAGCUUCCUAUUUAUUUACACUCAAAGUUUUUACAUGGCUGCAACACAUCUAUUAAAGAGGGACACAGUCUCACCUGUUUUUCAAUGACUUUCAUGUUACACGUAGAGAAAAUGGACUGCCGACCUAGAAAGCUCGACCUAAUGUGUUUUGGCUUUAGUCAAAAAAUUGUAGGGCCCAACACGCUCCGUGUCUAGCGCACACUAAGAAUAUUUUUAAACAAUUAGUGGGGCCACUUUUGGUUCGAUUUUAUUCUACUAAUUACUAAUUUGACAAAAUAGCUUGUACUUCAUAUGAAGUAUUUGUAAGCAGAUGCGUGCUCAUUUUUUGUCACUUUAAUUCUUUAACUCUUCCUUAUAUAAAUCACGCUUAGUUAGACGUUUAAUAAUACAAAUAUUCUUUUAAUACUACUCUAUAUUUGAUUGACUCGGAUAUCAAUGCAGCUAUUUACCAGUUUAAAAAAGGUCUCUUAAAGGUGGCCAACUGAUAAAAAAAAAUUAAGAAUGAUUAAGAAUGUAAAAAAAAAAAUGAUUAAGAAUGUAGAGACAGACCUUAUAAUGUACAUUUACCAACAACAAAAAUCAGUAACCAGAGUUUGUGGAUAAAAGAAAGAAGAGCUUGUAUAAAUCUGACAAACGACAAGCAGAAGAAUUAAAGUAAAGAAUUGUUCAUGAAUUUCAACAAUAAUUGAAAAUCGUUUUGAAGACAAUCAAAAUGUUUCUUACAAAUAAAGUAGUAGGAAAUAACAUUUAUGAAAAUGAUUUGGUGAGAUAUUUUGUGAAUAGUUAGUGACAUUGAAAGUCUAGAAGAUUUAUUGCUCUAUUUGGUAUAACUCAGUGAGGACAUGAUCAUUAACUAGGAUUUAAACAUCCUCUAGCAUCACAACUCUAGCUGUAGUCGCAGCUGAUGAUAUUCUAAAUCCUAGUUUCGCGUUGGAUUAUCUGUGUGAGGAAGUAUUGGAUAAUUACAUGUGCGUUGACAUUGUGCAAGAUGGAAGCGUAUCGACUUCUAACUGCUCUUAAUGAACGGAAGAUUAUCUAUACCGGAUUAUCUGUUUGAAGAAAGGUUACAGAUCGUAGUGAGAACUUUUUCUAUGUAAUUUUUUUUUUGUUUAGUAAGAGAAGGCGGUCUGCUAGCAAGUCAUUUUUAGUAUUGGUGUGAAAGAACGCGUAUUUGUGUGGCCCUGCGGGUGUGUUUGGAAGAAAGAAAUCGAGAGUCACACUUCACGGUGUCGUGACAUUUAGUAAAAUAUGGAUGCCACAGAUAUCUUAAGUAUAGUAAAGGAGGUGGACCAAAAAAGUUCGUUCUUUGAAAACUUAGAAACAUUAUUUAUUAACUUAAAAAAAUAAAGUCGGUUCACGCGCCGACGAGAUGAUGAUGGUUCUGGUGGACGCUCGACACGAUGACGGACAGCAGCUCGAACAAAGGAUGUGAAGAC